CAGAAUUUCCUUCUCUGAUGCACACAUGCUGUAGCUAUGGGGAGCAAUGCCGCGUGUUUGCUUUGGCUUGGGAGCCCUUGCUGCAUGGACUGUCUGGAGCUUGUCCUGCUCCUCACAGCAAGCACCCUGGUCUGUUGUUCGUGCUGAGGGACCUGGAGAGUUAUGGCAAUGCUUUCCCAGUUGGUCACCGUUACACAUUUAGUAAAGGAAAUUUAAGCCGAAUCCAAUUGGCUGCUUCUCAGCUUGUCCGUUUCCAGAAACUUACACUGAACUUCCAGCGCUGUUGUUACAUCUCAGCCACCUGUUCUGCCCUUCUGGGCUGGCUGAUGGACUGGCACCCCAUCACAGGAAAGCUGGAUGAGCUCAGAUCAAUGACACUGUGCACUCCUCUCCCCUGAGAUGAUGGCUAUAUGGUUCCUCACCAUUCCCACAUCUCUGGCAUGGAAGAGAAUAUCUGUCUCUUGUGGUUGGAUUCCAGCUGGGCUUCUAAGGCUUGAGCGUUUGCCUCUUUGAUCAUCAAGUACUUGGCUGAACUGCCCUCCUGGUACUGUGGGUGCCAGCAUCCUGCUUUGCCCUCUGCUGAGUUGCUGCGUCCGUGUGCUGUGCCGACAACCCCAUUUUCAGUCAUUUUUAAAUGCAGAGUCCUCCUGAAAUAACCUCUGGUGCGUUUUCCAAGUUUGUACAAGGUGUACGUUCUACAGGCACGAAGACAAAUGAAAUCCCUGCUAUAAACACAUACCUUUCACUUAACUCUGGCACUCUGCACCAGCUCUGGCGCUCUGGAUGGGGAAGCAAGCAGGCAGCAAACUCAGUAUCUCUGUUUUUCUGCUUGCUUGGGAGCUGACGUCAGCAGCAGAUUGUGGCACUGCCUCCUCUUACCUACAGCAAGGACUAAAGAAGGAGAAGAAAACAGCAGCAAACACCUGAGGCUACGUGUUUGUGAGAGGAAAGCUGCUCAGGGUCUCUCCCAUACCCGUCUGUUCUAGCUCUGCUGCUGCCCUUCUCGAGCUGGGGUGCAGGAGGCACUCCAUGUUGGGUUUGUGCUUUUAUCCUUUGGUGGCUCAUUCUGUGAUCUCUGCUAAAAAUAACUAGAAGCAGCAACAGUGGAGAUUCCUCAGCGCCCACACGAAGUGCCAUCCCUCCCUCUGUCCCCGUCAGCGGGAUGCUGCCAGAAACAAAACCUUUAUCUGCUUGGGCAAGAACCAGAGAAACACGAAGGAAAUCCCAGGGUUCCUCAAAAGAGUUGGGAAUUUGGCAGCUGGCAGCACAGGGCUCUGACACCUUCAUCUUCUCCCUCCCAUCCCACCUGCUGUUGCUGUGCACUGUGGCUUUUGGGUAUGAAGCACAGCAGAACGAUUGCUGCAGAUGAAGGGAGAGGAGGUCUGGGCUUGGCUGCCUGUGGUCUGGGAACAGCUGGGCAGCCCUCAGCCUCCUUCCAAAGACAGCUCGGGCAUUUCACAACUCCUGGCUUCAAUUCCUGCGUGGAUUCCCACCUUUCAAGAACAGCCGUGGUGCGCAAGUCCUUGCAAGCAUUGUACCUCACUGUGUUCAUCUGAGUAUCUUGGAAACGCCUGCAAGAUCCUACAGGCAAAGUCAGACAUCACUUGGGUAGAGAAAGAUCUGGUGGACCCUGCAGACAAGGGCGAGGGUGUUGUGAAGGAAAUCAACAUCACGCACCAUGUGAAGGAGGGCUCUGAGAAGGCUGACCCUUCUCAGUUUGAGCUUCUGAAGGUUCUGGGACAGGGCUCUUUUGGCAAGGUUUUCUUGGUGAGAAAAAUAACACCACCAGACAGCAACCACCUCUAUGCCAUGAAAGUGCUCAAAAAGGCAACACUGAAAGUGCGUGAUCGUGUAAGAACAAAGAUAGAAAGGGACAUCCUAGCUGAUGUAAACCAUCCCUUCGUGGUGAAGCUGCACUACGCAUUCCAGACAGAGGGGAAGCUGUAUCUCAUCUUGGAUUUCCUCCGAGGAGGUGACCUUUUCACUCGGCUUUCCAAAGAGGUCAUGUUCACAGAGGAGGACGUGAAGUUUUACCUAGCAGAGCUUGCUCUGGGACUUGACCAUUUGCACAGCCUGGGAAUCAUAUACAGAGACCUCAAACCAGAGAACAUUCUCCUGGAUGAAGAAGGACACAUCAAACUCACAGAUUUUGGCUUGAGUAAGGAGGCAAUAGACCAUGAAAAGAAAGCCUACUCCUUCUGCGGGACAGUGGAAUAUAUGGCCCCAGAGGUUGUGAACCGUCAGGGCCACUCCCACAGCGCCGACUGGUGGUCCUAUGGGGUGCUGAUGUUUGAGAUGCUCACUGGCUCCCUGCCGUUCCAGGGGAAGGACCGCAAGGAAACGAUGACCCUCAUCCUUAAAGCAAAACUGGGCAUGCCUCAGUUCCUGAGCACUGAGGCACAGAGCCUCCUGCGAGCCCUCUUCAAAAGGAACCCAGCCAACAGAUUAGGUUCUGGUCCAGAUGGGGCAGAAGAGAUAAAGCGUCAUCCGUUCUACUCUACUAUUGACUGGAAUAAGCUGUACCGAAGAGAAAUCAAGCCGCCCUUCAAGCCUGCUGUAGGCCAGCCUGAUGACACCUUUUAUUUUGACACAGAAUUUACAUCGCGUACACCGAAAGAUUCCCCAGGCAUCCCUCCCAGUGCAGGUGCACACCAGCUCUUCCGCGGCUUCAGCUUUGUGGCCACCGGACUGAUGGAAGACAGCAAGGUGAAACCUGCACAGCCCCCUCUGCAUUCCGUGGUGCAGCAGCUGCAUGGAAAGAACAUCCAGUUCAGCGAUGGCUACGUGGUGAAGGAGGCGAUUGGUGUGGGCUCCUACUCUGUGUGCAAACGGUGCAUUCACAAAGCAACCAACAUGGAGUAUGCAGUCAAGGUUAUUGACAAGAGCAAACGGGACCCUUCUGAGGAAAUUGAGAUCCUCCUGCGAUACGGGCAACAUCCAAACAUCAUUACCUUGAAAGAUGUUUAUGAUGAUGGGAAGUACGUGUAUCUGGUGACAGAACUGAUGAGAGGAGGGGAGCUGCUAGACAAAAUCCUGAGACAGAAGUUCUUCUCAGAGAGGGAGGCCAGUUCAGUCCUACACACGAUCUGCAAAACGGUGGAAUAUCUGCAUUCUCAAGGGGUAGUUCACAGGGACUUGAAACCCAGCAAUAUUCUCUAUGUGGAUGAGUCAGGAAACCCAGAAAGCAUUCGUAUAUGUGACUUUGGCUUUGCCAAGCAGCUGAGAGCUGAGAAUGGUCUUCUGAUGACUCCUUGCUAUACUGCAAACUUUGUGGCACCUGAGGUACUGAAGCGACAGGGUUACGAUGAGGGCUGUGACAUCUGGAGCCUGGGAGUUCUCCUUUAUACUAUGCUGGCAGGCUGUACUCCAUUCGCAAACGGACCCAGUGACACUCCAGAAGAGAUCCUGACUCGAAUAGGCGGGGGAAAGUUCUCUGUCAAUGGAGGCAACUGGGACACUGUUUCUGACAUGGCCAAGGACCUGGUAUCAAAGAUGCUUCAUGUAGAUCCUCACCAGCGCCUGACAGCCAAGCAGGUCCUGCAGCACCCAUGGAUAACACAGAAGGACAGCUUACCCCAGAGCCAGCUGAAUCACCAGGAUGUCCAGCUGGUAAAGGGGGCAAUGGCUGCCACAUACUCUGCACUGAACAGCUCUAAGCCGAGCCCCCAGCUGAAGCCCAUCGAAUCUUCCAUCCUGGCGCAGCGGCGAGUGAAGAAGCUCCCCUCCACCACCCUGUGAGGAUGGGGUAGUGUGGGGUGGUUACACCAGACUUUGCACAACUACUGAGGUGUGGCAGGACAUAGGGCAGUUGGUGCCUGCCCCCUGAGGACUUGUUCUCAAAUCCACGUCAAGGCCAAGUGCCUUCUGCCUGCAGUAGACUGGCUCCUCCUUGUGUGGACUGAUCUUUGCUGAGAGAACUUCACUGUAAAACUUUUUUGAAGUGUAAAUUGUUGAUUUUUAAAGACAUCCAUCUGUGUAUAUGAGAAUUAGAAUGUAUAACUGAUGUCAAGUGGCACUAAAAAGGAGCUCUGAUUCACCCUUUCCCAUGUAGGGCCAGAUAUUUGUUGUAGCUACGAUAUUUCAAAUAAGGUAGGGAUCAUCUAGAGAGAGUCCAGCAGAGGGCCACAAAGAUGAUUAAGGGCCUGGAGCCCAGAACUGGUCGUGGUAUUCCAGAUGUUGCCUCUCCAGGACAGAGCAGAGGGGCAGGAUCACCUCCCUCGUCCUGCUAGUCACGCUUUUUUAAAUUCACGCCAGGUUACCAUUGGCCUUCUUUGGCCACCAGGGCACACAGAUCUACGGAGCUGUGUAAUUUGCCCUGUGACAGGCAAACCAGCAGUACAGUAGCAGGGCUGCAUAUCAGGCCACCUCCUCUCAGGUGUAUUACACCACUUUGCAGUGGGAAAUAAUGAGACCUAGUUAGGACAAGGCAGGAAUCAACAGGAAGGGUGGCAGGAUGUGGGCUGCGGGGGGAACUCCUUCUCUCAGGGCAUUUUAGUGUUAAUCGAAACCAACGCUUUGAGGUGAACUGUGCUAGAAGUAAAUCCCAGACCCACUCUCACCUGCAGGCCAGUGCUGGAGCUGCCCCAGUGCUGGCAGAUCAGAAUCGCAGAGGCUGCGGAUGCACGAGGGUGUGACUGAAGUCAGCAAAAGUCCUUGUGCAAAUUUCUGCUACGGGCAAGUUUUGAUUAUUAGUUCCCAAUCAACCAAGUGCUAUUACUUUUUUAAUUCCAGUGCUCAAUAAAAAAGGACGUGUUGAUCUCUGUGUAUGAGAGCUGUGGGAAUCUGUGUGGCCAGGCAGCCUCUUGCUGCCUUCGUGGUUUUCUCUGACAGCAUUAAACCUUUCCCAGGAUAAAGAGGGAUUAAUUGCUAUCAUUUGAACAGAGGACACAUUACAAGGAGUGAAAGUGGGGCUCCUUCAACCUGCUGUCCCAUAGGGCCGUAGGAAAGCUUUGGCAAGCUGAAAUCUGGUAUCCAGUUUCUAAUCACGGAGUCUACCUGGAAUUAUUCAGCUGUGCCCAGGCACUGUGUUUACCUGUGUUUACCUGCAGCCAAGCGGCCUGGAGAUAGCAGUGAGCAUCUCUCUCUGUGUAGAUGCAGCUUCUGUGUAGGAAAGGCUGAGCUUUCCCAUUUGGGAGCAUAAAUCAGCAAUGUUUUCUGUUGUAGAAGGGCUGACCCAGCUGAGAGACUGUUUUCCUUCUUCCCACUGUGUAAAGCAGCCAUGCCUUCCUCUUAAUGAUGUGGUUCUGACCUGUCAAAUUAAAUGGAGCAUAAAUAAAUGCAGUUUGGCCUGGUAGCUGUUCCCACCAAGAGUUCUUGGGCUGUUUGGAAACUGAAGUCUGGCAACUCUCUAAGCAAUCAUCCUUUUUCCUUAGUGAAAUGCAGCACAGCUCCAUGCACCCUCUUUGUAUCAGUUCAUGCAGUUUUAACUUCUUCCUGCAGAUUUGCCACCAGUCACUGACUGGCUGGGAUGAGCCCAGGAUGGGUUGGCCUCAGGGUGCGACCAGCCCCCAGCUGGGCUUCACGAUGCUCUGGGAUUGUGGGCACACGCCAGGAUGUGGGUCAUGUGCUGUGCUUUCAUGUAAUAUUCAACAAUUUAAUCCCCCUUUGAAAGCAAAGACAACAUUUUAAACAUAUCAACAUCUUUUUCAAGUACAGGGGGAGGCAGUGAAUAAAACCUUCAUUCAUGCUAUGGAGGCUGGAGGUCUACUGCCACUCCGUUUUCUUGCUCUGGUUAUUAACACAUCAAGCUGUCUCACCACUCAGCACAGCUCACUUGCUGCCUUUCUCCUUUGUGUGGUGCCGGAACACCUGCCAUUAAUACUAAUUCUGCUCUGGAGAGAAACUCCCUUUCAGAUAUGCUUGUCUGAAAAUAAAUUGACAUGUAAAAGGUCUCUUUUGUCAGGAAGUGCAUGUAAAAUGCUGGAGUAAGUAGCUGAUCGCUUACAAAAGGAGCCACUGACUCUUAAAAGGAUGCAUGUGAAGGGGGUUAUAAAUGUUAAAUAUGGGGGUGAUGUUGUAAAUGGGCCAGCAACUCGAGAAGGGUCACAUAGCUGCAUUCUCUGGUAUUAGACUUGAAUUGGGGUGAAGAAUUGGGGUGUUGUUUUUUUUUUCAUCUGAAUCUGUGGCAAUAGAAGCACUGCAUUGACUCUGGGUGAAGCCACUUAGAGCGCAUUUGGAGUAAACUCCUUUUU